AUGUCAGACUUGAUUUCUAUGCUGUCCAAUCUACCUGUGUGGCAGGCCGCGCUUGUGUACGGUGUUGCUGGUAUUGCUGUGGCCAUUGUGCUAAAUGUCCUUUUCCAGGUGCUAGUGCCGCGCGACAAGUCGUUGCCGCCUGUGGUGUUCCACUGGGUACCGAUCAUUGGUUCGGCGGUGACAUAUGGCAUGGACCCGUAUCGAUUUUUCUUCGAGUGCCGUAAAAAGUAUGGUGACGUGUUCACGUUCAGGCUCCUUGGUCGCGACAUUACGGUGGCCCUGGGCCCCAAGGGCUCGAACCUCGUUUUUAACGGCCGUCUCGCCCAAGUGUCGGCAGAGGAUGCGUACACGUCUCUGACCACGCCCGUGUUUGGCAAGGGUGUGGUCUACGACGUCCCUAAUGCAGUGUUGAUGGAGCAGAAGCGCUUUGUCAAGUCAGGUCUCUCGACGGAGAAUUUCCGCAAGUACGUCGGUCUCAUCUCGGAAGAGGUGACCGACUUUGUGAAGAACGACGCCGCCUUCCGUCCUCUGCAGACGGGCGAAAAGUCUGUGACGGUGGACAUUUUUGAUGUGUUUAGUGAGAUUACGAUUCUGACGGCCAGUCGCACGUUGCAGGGCAAAGAGGUUCGCGAGAACUUGGACAAGAGCUUUGCCAAGCUAUACCACGAUCUUGAUUCGGGCUUUACUCCUAUCAACUUUGUGAUCCCCAACUUGCCAUUGCCAAACAACUUCCGUCGCGACCGUGCGCAGCGUCAGAUGAGUGACUUCUACAUGGGCAUUAUCAAGAAGCGUCGCGAAGGCAGCGUAGAAGGUACGGACCACGAUAUGAUUAGUGCUUUGAUGGAGCAGUCGUACAAGAAUGGCCGUGAAAUCAAUGAUCGCGAGAUUGCGCAUAUGAUGAUUGCAUUGCUUAUGGCCGGCCAGCACACGUCCAGUGCUACUGGUAGCUGGGCCAUGCUGCGCCUUGCGAGUCGCCCAGAGUUCAUCGAGGCGCUGUACCAGGAGCAGCUCCGUGUGUACAGUGAUGGCGCUGGUGGUUUUGCGCCUCUGGACUAUGACACCCAAAAGACGUCGGUGCCUGUGCUGGACGCUGUUGUGCGUGAGACGCUGCGUAUGCACCCGCCCAUCCACAGCAUCAUGCGCAAAGUCAAGUCUGAUUUGGCCGUGCCGCCUACGCUGGCUGCCCCAGCCGGGCACAAGGCCGGCGACAAUGAUGCGUACGUCAUUCCCAAGGGUCACUAUGUGAUUGCUGCUCCUGGUGUGUCGCAAAUCGAUCCCGAGCUGUGGGACCAUGCGGAUGAGUUCGAUCCGAACCGCUGGCUCACCGGUAAGGCGAAGGGUCUUGAGCUGUCGAAUGGCGAAGAGGUGGACUAUGGCUGGGGUAUGGUCAGCACUGGCGGUAACAGCCCUUACUUGCCUUUUGGCGCCGGUCGUCACCGCUGUAUUGGCGAGCAAUUUGCCUACCUCCAGCUGGGCACCAUUAUUUCUAUGUUUGUCCGGUCCUUUGACUGGCGCCUCGAGACUACGUUGCCUCAACCCGACUACACUUCGAUGGUGGUGCUGCCCAAGCAGCCUGCGAACAUUGUGUUGACGCCUCGCCGUGGCCCCGCGCUGGCCAAGUAA